AUGUCGUCCGCCGAAACUGGUCUCCCCGAGGGAUGGGAGGUGCGCCGCUCCAACACCAAAAACCUCCCAUACUACUUCCACGCCCAGACGAAAGACUCGCGAUGGGAGCCACCAGCUGGAACCGAUCCGGACAAGCUCAAGGCAUACAUGGCCGCCAACCACAGCUCCAAGGGCGUUGCGCCCGCAGCCUUCGCGCCGACUGAAGGCAAGAUCCGAUGUGCCCAUCUCCUCGUCAAGCAUCGCGACAGCAGGCGUCCGGCUAGUUGGCGGGAGCCCAAGAUUACGCGCUCGGUCGAGGACGCCCGGGAGAUGAUACGGGACUACCAGAAGCAAAUACAGGCGUACGAGAGGGGACAGGAAGACGACACCGCCAAGUCUCUGUCUGAACUCGCGACGACCGAGUCAGACUGCAGCAGCGCUCGCAAGGGGGGCGAUCUGGGCUUCUUUGGCAAGGGCGACAUGCAGAAGGAGUUCGAGCAGGCUGCCUUCGCCCUCAACAAGGGCGAGGUGAGCGAUCUGGUCGAGACGGCAUCGGGGGUGCACUUGAUCCAAAGGUGGGACGAAUGCCACAGGUCUCAGUAUGAUGCUAACCAUACGCAACGCAGGUUGGAAUAG